CCAUCGCCCUUGCAUUUCCGGUUAGCGGGUUAGGUUGCAGUUCAGAUGGUUGUAGGCUUGUAGGUUUCUUAAAGAAAUCUGGGUAGUGUUUUUGUCUGUGUCCCAGUCUUUGUGGUUGGUGUUGCGUGUGACCAGAUAGAGGACUCGAAGAGGGGGCUGUUCGCACAGAGAUCUAGCCAUGGAGUCCUAUGAUAUCAUAGCCAAUCAGCCUGUUGUUAUUGAUAAUGGCUCUGGAGUAAUCAAAGCUGGCUUUGCUGGAGACCAGAUCCCUAAAUACUGCUUUCCUAACUAUGUGGGGCGGCCCAAACAUGUCAGAGUCAUGGCUGGAGCUUUGGAAGGGGAUAUCUUCAUUGGGCCCAAAGCGGAGGAGCACCGAGGUCUACUUUCCAUCCGUUACCCAAUGGAGCAUGGGAUUGUGAAGGACUGGAAUGAUAUGGAGAGGAUCUGGCAGUAUGUUUAUUCCAAAGAUCAGCUACAGACAUUCUCAGAAGAGCAUCCUGUAUUGUUAACAGAGGCACCAUUAAAUCCAAGCAAGAACAGAGAGAGGGCAGCAGAAGUCUUCUUUGAAACAUUCAAUGUUCCAGCACUGUUCAUCUCCAUGCAAGCAGUCCUGAGUUUGUAUGCUACAGGCCGUACAACUGGUGUAGUUUUGGAUGCCGGAGAUGGUGUUAUGCAUGCAGUUCCCAUCUACGAAGGUUUUGCCAUGCCUCAUUCCAUUAUGAGAGUCGAUAUUGCAGGCAGGGAUGUAUCUCGUUAUCUCCGUUUGCUCCUACGGAAAGAAGGCUGUGACUUCCAUACUUCUGCUGAGUUUGAAGUGGUGAAGACAAUCAAAGAGCGUGCCUGCUAUUUGUCCAUAAACCCCCAGAAGGAUGAGACCCUAGAAACAGAGAAGGUGCAAUAUACCUUACCAGAUGGCAGUACUCUAGAUGUGGGUCCUGCUCGUUUCCGAGCUCCAGAACUUCUCUUCAGACCAGAUUUAAUUGGUGAUGAAAGUGAAGGAAUUCAUGAAGUACUGGCAUUUGCAAUCCAGAAAUCUGACAUGGACCUCAGACGGACAUUAUUUUCCAACAUUGUGCUGUCUGGAGGCUCUACGUUAUUCAAAGGUUUCGGUGAUAGAUUACUCAGUGAAGUGAAGAAACUAGCUCCCAAGGACAUCAAAAUUAAGAUAUCCGCACCCCAGGAAAGGUUGUACUCCACAUGGAUUGGGGGCUCUAUUCUUGCAUCCCUGGACACAUUUAAGAAGAUGUGGGUGUCUAAGAAAGAGUAUGAGGAGGAUGGAGCAAGAGCUAUUCACAGGAAGACAUUUUAAAUUAUAUUUUGGGAAUAAUGCUGUCCCACUGGUCCGAUGCCAUGGUUAAACUCUUCCAGUCCAGGUUGAUGCUGAUUUGGCCGUCAAAAGUCCAGUCUGUAUGAUCCAGUCUUGACUACGAAGGCACCAGUCAUUGAUCUUUGCUUGUCCCUCAGAAAACAAACAAUAAGCAAGAGUUCUACAUUCUCCAGAAUGUCAACUUUACAUUUGAUUUGUUUGAAGAUCCCUUUAGUCACAAGAUGGCAAGACAUUGCAAAGUACAAAAAAAGUGGACCUUUUUUUUUGUUGUCACAAUGAGGGCUUUAUUUAUUUUUCAGAUUUUUUUUUUAAUUUAAUUGGAAAAGUGUCUUAGAAGUGUGGUAGUUGGAUUACUUAUAUAAUGCACUCUUCAGAAGUGUUGCCUUGCAUAACUGUCAAGUUUUGAAGCUACCAACAUUUGGUUCAGGAUCCUUGCUGACAGUGAAUUCAGUUACAUUUCUUGACUCUGCUGAUGUUUUAACAUCCAUGUGUUCUAUGUUGCCAAUUUCAUAUCCACUUUAUAUAUUUUGUUCCUGUAUUUUGAUUCUUCUUUCUGUGCGGAGCAGCAUGUAUGAAAUUUUAACCCACUCUUCUGCCUGUUUGGUGAAAUGUAUAUGCUUCAUUUAAAAGCAUUUCUUCAGUAGCAGGUUGUUUUACUGUAAAGGGCUUGGAUGCCAUGUCCAUAGGGCAACAGGAACUGCAGGGAGAAUGUCUGCAUUAAUAUUACCUGCAGAAAUUGCCCUCGUAGUUACAUAGGUGGUCCAAAAUGCUGCUUUAGGAAAUGAAGAUGAGUGAUUUAAGGAAUUUCUGACAUGCAAGGGGUAUUACAAAUAGGAGUAUAGGAGAAUAGGAGCCCUCCACUUCCUGUAGCAGUAUUACUGUAACUUUGCUCACUACAAUUACUCCAUCUUAAAGCAAAGGCACACCUUUUGCAAAGCACUUGAGAUAGAUGCCUUCAGUAAAAAACAGUUCCUUAACUGCUGGGCUUGUGGAAUAUUAGAUGAUUAAUUUAAAGCAUUCCAUGGCUCUUUGAUUUUAGGCAGUUUCCUUUAAAAGUGUCAGUGAAAAUUUGAAGAAAUGAAACCAUAUGCUCAUCAGUUAUUAAAGGUACAUAUGUAAAUGUGUAUGUAUUUUAUGGUUUUAUUCCAGUCCUCUGAAGCAAAACAAGAUGUACUAGUACUUUUCAGAUGCUGGAAGUUUUUAUCACCCUCACAUUGUCAUCCUCAUCAAGAAAAUGAUCAUUUGUCAUUGUUUUACCAUUUACCAAUGGAAAUGUGUAGAAGCUUCAUCUUGAUAUAUUGCUUUUGCUAUUUCUGUACAGCAAGUGAUUUUCCAACAAAGCAAGAUGUGUGUCAUAAAGCUUACUGCUGCAGUAGAGUUCAUAAGUCAAGGGAAAUAGCUGCAGGCCUGCUGUCACAGCUUUGGAAGCUCAUUUCAGACCAGUGCUUAGAAGAAAGGAAAGAUCAGUCUAUCAUCUCCAGCUCUUUUUGCUGUGAUACAGGUGUUUGGCAGAUUUACUUCUGCAGAGAAUUUGGACUUCUCAUGUCUUGGAACAAAAGUAUGCUUUAGGUUAUUGUAUGUUAUCUUUAGAUGUUGUAGUUGUUACAUUGCUGUGUAUUGUCACUGCUUUAGACUGAGAGUUUGCUGGCCGGUAAUGUCACUGGUAAAGACUACCAAGUGUGACCUUGGUAGGCAACCUUCAUUUUUUUAACCUGAUUCGGAUCACCCAUUUAAAAUGUGCAGAGUGUACUUUACCUUUACAGAGAAAACUUUGAAAAUUAGGGUUGAAUUGUUAACAGCCUGUUUAGGCCAGUGACAGCUUGACUCCAGGCCACACCUCUCAACUGUACAGAUUUUCACAGAAUGUCAGAUUUAUGGCUCUUAUUUUUGAUCUGUUCCCCAUAAAAUCUGUGGUUUUCUAGCAAAUCACAGAGGACUGAAGACAGACACUUCAGUUUGACUCCAUAACCUUAAGAAAAUUCAUGCUAAUGCAAACCUAUUAUUCUAUCAACUUUUCAAGUUUGUAAGAGCAGUUUUUAGAAUCUGUCCCUAUUUUCAGGCUUUAUCCAGAUUUUUGACUAUAAGGUUGAGAGGUAUGCUCCAGGUGUGUCCAUUUGCUUGAAGUUGGCAGUACCUUUCUCCAUGUUGAGCUGAAGAAGGAAAGAAUGGAGAAGAUGCUUACCUGUGAAGCAGCUGAGGUGUUUGAGGUUUUAAUCACCUUAGUAGAUCUGAAGAGAACUCUGGUUCCACAGAAGCACCAUUUGGUUAACCUCCCCAACCAGGAAGAUGAAAGAAAAAAAACAUUUGUUUAUGCCUGUUUGAAGGCUAAGAGCAGGGAUAAGGCCACUGCAACCUUUUCCUGUUUCUACUUCUAGUCUUACAUUGGCUAGGGGAAAUAUUGCAACAGCAAAAGAAUAUAUCCCCAUACUGUAUGUGCACAAGAUUUCAGGCUCAUUGACCAUAAUUGCUGUGUCCUGUAAGCCAUUUUCCACCUGACUGAGAUCAAUAGUUGGGCCCAGGGAGAGCAGUCCCACUGCCAGUUUACUCUGGCCCUUUUUGGUUACGAAACAUUUGCUGAAACGUAUGUUGCUGUGUGGCAGUAGACUGUGAUAAGCUAGCUUAUAAUUAUUUUCCCUUGGGCUAUAGUACAUACGAGUCGUCCCUAUCUGAUUCCAUCACCCCAGAGCAUCUUCUUUCAAAGAGACACUCAACCUGAUAAAGGAGCUCUUCCAGAGAAGGUCCAAACAACACCAGACUCGUCAAGGUACAAGGAUUUGUUUAGGUUUUAUCAGCCUAAAUAUACAGCCAUCCAUUCAUUGAUUGGGUGUUUUGGGGACAUCUUUGAAAAUGCAUCCCUGAAACCAGAUUCUUAGCACCUGACCUAAAAAAAAAUAAUAAAAUAACAUUUAUAGAGUUGGGGGAAAAGAUUAAAUACCAGUAUGAAAAGCUGAAGAGUAGACCCAGUAGUCUUUUUUUUUUUUUUUUUUUUUUUUUUUUGGAAAGGGAUUUAAGAGAUUGGCUUUCACAAGUAGCAUUGCCGAAUGACAGGUAAUGCAGAAUUUUAGACCAUUUUUACCAAAAAGAUGCAUUAAAUUAUCAGUUGUGGGUAUCAGGGCUGUUAAUUGCCAGACCUCUAUUUUUCAACUUCAGGGGGCCCAUACUGUAGCAGAUGAACUUGGUGGCAGAGUCCCUUGCAGACUCUGCACAGAAUCUGAAGAUUUCAAAACUCAUUCAAACAUGGUGAGCAUUCUGUAAAGUAUGGAUAUGAUGCCAGUGAUGCAUCUGCCAUGGCUGUUUAAUCCUGCUUUGCUCAGGAUUCACCCCCUCACAAGAGCUUCAAGAACCAAAUUCUAAAUGCCCUCCCCAUUGAUAGACAUUUGUUCUUUGGUCCUGUUGCUCAAGAAGUCUUUACAAAAAUAGAAGAACAAGGCAAGGCAGUGCAAAAAAUUGACUUUUUCAUCCACCCUUCCCCAAAUACAGUAGAAAGUAUCCCCCUAAGUCCUGACCUUUCUGUGGAAGAAAGCCAGGGUGAUCAGGCACCAUAAAGGAAAGCCUUUGAAAAGGAUAACUGAAGAGAUGGAAGAGGGGGAGUAGACAGCAAGGAAGAGGAGUGUAACGGGCAUUCCAUUGCAAAGAAUUCAUCCACCAGUUGUGACUGGAAGGCAGACACUCUCCCAUUCCUUUUAAUCUUUAGCUUAAGGACAGUGUUCACAACACCAUGGUUAAACUUGUUGCCAGAUUCCUGAAUAAGAAUAAUAGUAUCAAGCUACCAAACAGAGUUCUAUACCUUCACCCUUUUCAGUGAAAUACCUCAUAUCCCCAGGACUGGUGGUAGACCAGCUGUUGUCCAGUCUGGCUGUAGAUCAGAUGCUUUCCAUAGAAAAGGGUUAAGGGUUUACCCAAAGCUUUUCCAGGGCUAAGAAAAGAUGAACCCUGGAAACCCAUCCUUGAUCUUUCUUUAUCGAGUCAUAGCUUCUUAAUAAGCUCACAGCCAUUGUGAAGCUCAGCUACAACACCCAGUACUGAUGGAAGAUUAACAAUGUCUCCCUUUAAGUAGAUAUUUUUUUUACGUGUCAGGUAAAAUUUUCUGAGGACCCAGCCAGUUGUCCAUGCUGAUUUUAAAGGUGUUUAUAGAAGUGUUCCGCUUAAUAUGUAAAAAAACAGCCAUUUCUAUAAACUGAGAAUAUAUUGAGCUAGGAACCUGUCAUGCUGUUUGUUGGUGUUGAUAUGGUAGUAUAGAUUUAGGUCCCUAGAGCAAGUUUCUGCUUAACCAGUGUUUUGGUUUAGGUUAAGGAGUUCAAAGAGUGGUGGGUCAUUCGAAGCACAGAAAGCUAAGCAGAGAUUACCCCUCAGGACUCUGACACUGAGUAGGACAGAGCUUUUUAUCUGUUCAGUUAGUUAAGCGUACUGAGAACCAUGAUCCUUUGGACAAAGAAAUGUUGAGGUCUCUUGAGUUGGCUUGGAUGCUUGGCUAGGUAUAUGCCAAAGGGGAAAUUGUAUUCAGUGAUCCUAAUAAGGGAAGGAUAAAGUGGGACUGCAGUUUCUUUGAGGCUUGUAAGCGCAAGCCCUAGAAUUACAAUAGAAAAGUCUAAAACUAUAGGUGAUUAGUAAAUGUCAUCCGUCAUUGUUCUUUUAUAACUGCUGUUUGCAUAGAGGGCAGGCUUGCGGCAUCUCCUGAUGCCACCACACACCUGAACUUGUAUGUACCAACUCAGAGAGCCCUAUACUUUGGAGAAAAUUAAUAUUCUGAGAAACAUCAGUUACUCAGUAUAUGGAGGUGUGCAUUUUGGUCAUCCAGGCUUGCAAUUCCAGGGUUCCCACUAAUGUAUCUUGGAAUAUCAAAGUUAUCCUUCUUUGAACCUUGAGGAGAUACCCACAAAGGAUAAAUGGUGCAAGGUAGAAGGCUUUUCUUUCAACCACAGAGACAUGGUAGUCAAACCAGGGUCUGUUAUCGACUAAUGUACCAAAGUCCCUGACAGUUAUUUGUUUUAAGAGACAAGUUGUCUUUAUGGUGAGUGGAAGUAGUGUUUCAGUUACCAAAGGAAACUAUACUAUGUAUCUUGGCACUGAAGGUAAGAAUUAAAACCAAGCAUUUAUUCAGUCUAGCCCUUACUGGAGAAUUUGCGUAUCAGAAUGGGAGGGAUUUGAUGACUGCCCCCAGUUUGCAGUCAUUUGCAAUAUAGGUUAGCUGUAGUCCAUUAAUAAUCUGCUUUUAUGUCAUAGAAGUAUAUACCUAAGAGGAGAUAGACCAGGACAAAGCCCUUUAGGACACUGCUGGUGAUGUUUUUCUAUCAAGAACAAGCACCUCUGACUUUAUUGGCAUGAGUUUUGUCAAAUAGCCAUUUACCUAUUCAGAAAACUAUAGAUGUGUUAACAUUGAAUUGGAGGGGUUUCAUCCUUCUCUGUAAUCUUUAAGAAAGUUUCUCAGAGUCAAGAAGUUAAAGAUGCAUGUUGUCUUAUCCUUGUUAGUGUUUCAGGCCUCCUUGGUAAUUCUGGAUGUGAAAGACACUUGCUUCCACAUCCCAUUCUUCCCAGGGCACAAGAGAUUCCUCAGCCUUCAACACAAAACCCUUCAUUUCACCUCCUUGCCCUUCGGGCUGUCCACUGCUUCCAGGAUAUUUAUUAAAUGAUUGACAGUUUUCUUUACUUACAUUUUAUUCAGGGCAAUUGAUAGCUAUCCUUAUCUGGCUGACUACCUGCUGACCUGAUCUUGACUACCUGCUGGCAACAACUGCUGAACGACUUCAAACGUUUUAUAUUUCUUUCAUGAUGAUCUUGGAGAUCUCCAUCAGCUACCAGAAGUAAAAACUGCAACCCUUCAAAAUCAGGUUAUUGCUGGGUGUGCUCCUGGAUAUUGUUCAGUGCAUACUUUUUUUCCUCUUGAAAAGCUAUCACUCUUCAAUUAUUUUUCCCCUAAACUUUGCUUGGCCAUAUCACAGAGGGUGACAGUGAGGGCCUUGGAAUUCACAACUACAGCUGUCUUGCAAGUAUUGCUUGCCAAAAUCUAUGUGGAAAGUAAUGUUUUUUCAGGAACCUGUAGGUACAGCACCUUAACCCCUGUAGAUUUCCCCCUUUUCCUGAUCCUAACCAUCUGUAAGGAGUUUCUUAUCCUUCCCUCCACCAAAAAGCAUGAAGAACUUAACCUCAUAUGCCUCAGACCUAGCUCAGGGAGCCCAUGCAGAGCACAAAGACAGUGAGACCCAGUCACAGAUAUGCCACCAUAGUGCUUUGUGAUAUCAUGAUUCAAGGAGACAACUUCUCUCCUGCCCUUGAUGCAGUGAUGGCAAUGGACCUGGUGUUGUAAUAGAGCCUGUUCCUAACACAUUUCAUCUGAAGCCAGCCAGAUAAGCAGCCUGCUGGGCAGAUCCAUAGUAAGUCCAAGAAAGGAACCUUUGAACAAAAUGUCUUCAGGCUAAUCGAGUUGAUGUGGAAAACCCCUUAGAACCACUCUCUGUGAUCCUUUCCAAAACUGACAGAUCAGGAAAAUUUGUUCCAGAGUAGUAAAUGACAUUUCAAUCAGCUGGAAAAAAGUCUGGUUUAUGCUUCUGUCACCCCCAGACACCCCCCACCUCCAGCUCAGAUAGCCAUGUCUUUCUCUUAUUAUGCAGGUCUAAAGAGAAAAUCCCUGACACUUUGCAUCCUGCUGACUCAGCCAGGGGAGAGGGGGUACACUAAUAAAUCCAUAUGUUUUUUGUCACAGCAUGAUAACCUGGAAGAUAGGAAUCUGAUCCCAAAUUGAGAAACCUUUAAACCAGGUUACAUUCUUAAGGAAAUUUGGCACCAGAAAUUUUUAUUAAGGCAAAUAGAAAAGAUUUGCUGCGUACUACUAAUCUGACAAGAUUGACCCAUUAUCAGCUUCAGUACAGCAAGUUCUUAGCUGCCUGUACUCUAUAUAAUUCAGAACUAGCUUAUUGUUUCUGUUAAGGUCCCCCUUACAGCCAUCUCAUCUUUUCUUCCCAGAGUCCCAUCUCUGUCCACACUUCCAAAACCCAACUUUUUUGGGUUACCCCUUAUCUUAAGCCAUCCAUAAACUCAGUGUAAUGGGCCUGGGACGUAAACGUUAUGGAAAAGCAGCACCAUGUUUUGAACGAGAUCGAUUAUGCCAUAAAAUUCAUCUUAUGGAGGGCCACUUCCAUUGCGCCUGUUGCUUCCUGCUAAGUAGGUUGCUUAAACUUCAGUCUUAUGUAGCAUCUGACUGUUCUGUGUUUUUUCACAUGGACAGACAAACCUUGAGGACAAGCCCAUGUCUCUUACCUAGUGUAGUCUCAACUCAAAUUCAUUUAACUUAACUUUAACUUAGUCUUUUUCUUUAAGCCUCAAAAGAUAGGGGAAAGAAUUUGACAUUCCUUGAACAUGCACAGACAGUUGAGAACUUGGCAAGAACCAAAUAACAGAAAAGGUCUGACCACUUGUUUGUUUUAGUUGGGUCUUCAGCAAAGCAGUAUCUAAGUAGACCUUUUCUAAAUAGCUAGCUAACCACAUUAUGUUUUUUUAUGGACAUUAUGGUAAACAUUUGAACCAUAAAGUAAAAGCUCUUUCUACUAAGGCAGCAGCUACAUUUGGUACUAUUUUUGCACAGGACAUUUCAGCCCCCUGGUAAAAGAGUGGGAAUGAAACAAAGUAGAACUAGAAAGUCAGUGACAACUUAGCUGCCUUCAGAGGAGUGUGUAAACGGACAGUUUACCCAUUUUUGCUGUUCGGAGAGUAACUUUUAGACACCGAGUCAUUAUACAUGACCCUUUUAUAGACAAAAGAGCACAAUCAUAAUUGUUUGUGCUAGCCUUACUAGGAUAUCACAAAAAAGAACCAGAAAUGAAGCAGUCCUCUCUCCCUUUUCCAUCCACCCAGUGUCUGUCUGAUGUCUGCAUCAUGAGAAGACCACCAGCCUUCUGGGUAAUGUGCAACGGUCUGGGAAUACUUCCAGUCACUGUGAAAUAUGCUUGUGGCUAAUUCCCUUGGUUACCUAAUUCUGCUAAGGCACUGAACCCCAGACAGGAACAACUACUGCUGUGGUAAGUCGCCAUUGUAUUUACCAUGAGUUGUUGGUAGUGAACAUAUUACUGACGCACAUUUACAAAACUCGAGUUACAGUGGUUCUAAAGUUUGUCUAGAGUGCUGAAUGCUUGCACAUUUGACAAAUUUGUGAAGUUAGACAUGUUAGUUUAUGAAACCCUGUAAACAGUUUAAGUAAUGAAUGAGGCACAGUUGUAGAGACAUUCCAGGUUUAUAAUGAUAGAUUGUAACUUAACGUUCUGACCUUAGCAGGCUUUCUGAAGAAGAGGAGAGGAGUAAAACCCUCAUCAUAACCCAUAUCCAGGCAGAAUUUGGGUGCUGUAGGAGCUAACCAGGGAAAGUAGACUUGUGCAUCCUGAGAGAAAGGAGGGAGCCCUAUCAUUCACUGCAUGUCUGAAAAUUAGCAGAAGUAUGUGAAGAAUCAUUCCUCCUGUGUGUAUGCUUAGGUGAUGGCACCUCCUCUGGUGGCUGCAAGAUGGACAACUUGUAAAGGCAAGAUUGAUAACUUGAAAGGCAGUGAGGACAGAGAGUGUAUAGGAAAACAAAAGAAUGUGCUAUCUUCAGCUUUUCCCACUAUGUCUUGAUUAUUUGCAGAUGUUAUACGAGGGUUUCUGAGCUUUGGACGCAAGAAGGAUGGACCUUUCCAUCACUGGCUUUGUAGAAAAAUGCAUAGUAAAAGAACUUUUUUGAAGUUUUAGGGAAUUUGGUUAAUGAUGCUAAUUUCAGUGCACACUUCAUUGUGGAUUAAUGAAUUAUGCUACUAAUGACAUCAGUAGAGACCUGUACAGGUAAAUAUGUUUACUUUAGUAGUUGAUCUAUGAACAAUGUAAGUGACCAGCCCAAAGUAAGCUGGCUUGGGAGGAGAGAAGACCAGUGCCGUAUGAGCUUUAUGUAAACAAUUGCAGCCAGGUGUCCAAGUAGAGACUAUCCAGAUGGUAAGGAAUAGUGACUGGCUAGGACGCACAUCUUUUUUAUGUAUGGGUAUAGGAUUCAUAGUGCCCAUGCAUUUUGGAAAUUGAAACUCUGUAGGGCCAUAACUGAAAUUAAGUUGGAAUACCUUAGUGUUAUUACUAUCCCAGAUCAUCAGUUGCCUAAUUGUCUUGAAAUGUGUUUCAGUCCAUGUUACUGGAUGCACAACCCAGUAAACAUCACAUUCCAUGUUAUUGUUUUGUUAGUGAGAAACACUAUUGUUGAAAUAUACAGACUGAAAUAGCAUUUUGUGCCUUUGUACUCCCUGGGUGUUUGCUAGGUUAAUCCUCUGCAAACGUACUAAUCCGUGACUGAACAGUGUAGUCUGCCCCAAGAUUGCCAAAAGUUGGAAAAUGACAUAUAUCCACUGACCUGUGGCAGAAAUUAAUUUUUGGCAGAAUCUUUUUCUUUAUUGUCUCCAUGCCUGCCAGUCAUUAAGUCCCCCUCCCCAUGUUGCUUAAGCUCAUUUGUUCCAUAGUACAAGGGUAAAAGCUGCUUGGGAGGACCAUCAUCCAUUCAGAUGUGGAGGUAGUUUAUGUUCUCACCACCAUCCCAGCAAGGAGGACAUUUCUUUUAGGGCCCACCCUGCCCUUUAGUGGCUUAGCUGAGCACCCUAGUUAUGGGGCAUCCUACUGUCGGCUUUUGAAUGUAUGUGCUUUCACCCAAAAGAUGAGAACUGCCUUUACUAGCUUAGGAUCACUAAAACUAUGCCUGCAGUCCUGAACUGUUCAAUGCUGUGCAUCCUCCACUUGUGUAGUGGUGAUCAUCCAGUGGGAAACAGAGCUCCUUCUUCUGACCUUGGAUGGGUGAGCCAACUCCAGCCACUGAUGCUCAUCAGCUUUUGCUUUACUCCAGCUGCUAGUCAGCCUUUAGUCAUCUGGAUCGUAGUCUAGUCUGUACUGCAGAGCCAGGCAGUUUUUGGCAAUACUUGAUGUAUUUCCAUCAACCAUUUCUACAUCAGCAUAGAUUCAUUAGUCAAGCUUAUGACCUACUCGCCUUCAAGAAGCUUUACUACCUUAAACCACGUUGUAUUUUGUAAUUCCUCUGUAAAUAUUAAGAUAGUUUUUAAAGGAAGUUGAUGAUUGACCAAGUCCGACACUACAGACAGUCCAGUUAACAUCGCAAACAGUGAUCUAAAUCUACUCUUACAAAUAAAUAAGACAAAGUAGGGAUAGAAUUAUCAUGCAGUGCAUAUCCCCAUCUAGCAGAAUGCUCUUUUUCAAGUUAAGCAGUGUGACACACUCAAUUUAAAAAGGAGCUAGACAACUGGAUUGGGUGUUCACAAAUUUACUGCUGGUAUUACAGGCUUGGUCCUUCUUGAAAUGAGAAUCUGGGCUUAAGGGUUGAGUACUAGCAAGGUGGAAAUGGCCUUGAGGGUCAGUUGCCUUGUAACAUCUCUUAUAACCUCUUGUGAUUGUGAGGGGGAGCUUAUUUCAUAAUCUUUGAUGGUGUGUAAUAUAUCUGUCCCUUUUUUCUGUUAUUUGUUAUUGGAAGCAUUUUCCGCAAGCUGACUAGGCAUUGUCAUCUUGAACAUCUUAAGAGGUGAAAUCUAAGCAACUUUCCAUUCUGCUGCAGUAAAAAGUAAAGGCUAGGAAAAGUCAGAGGUUUUAAGAAUUCAUUCAGCUGUGGAGAAUAACUUUAAACAAGUGGUGCGUCACUCCAUUAGCCUGAUGCGUGUAUUGGUGAAAUUUUCAUGCUGGCAAAAAAAGGUUCACAUUCUCAUAUCGGUUAUAACUUUGCUUUUAGAUGAUUAGAUAAAACCAUGAUAUGUAUACUUUGAUUCUGCUUGAUUAUGUUAAAAUUGAAGCAUUCAUGAGAAUUUAGUGAACUGGCAUUUGCUGCAAAAUCCAAAACUAGAAUAAUAGUCCAUCACUGACUGGAAGGGAUUAACAUUGCUACAAAACAUUUAAAUUGUAUAGAGUGGAGAGGGGAAGAUGUGGAAGGGGUUGAACUGCAUGGGCCUGGGUAGGGUUUUAAUUCACAAGGGCACCUUGCAUUCUUGUCCUGCCUGUAUACUGAGACACAUGCACAUACAUAUACUCAUGUAUAUUCCAAUGACCUGGCUACAUGUAAAGUGUGUCCAACAUCGAAUCUGAAAGUGAGUGCUUUGGAAACAAAUAAAUAUAUUAUAUGUUCUCUUGA